GAAAAAAAAACUCUUUCGUGUCUAGCUAGCCAUGGCCGUCUGUAACUGUUUCCUCCAAGCUCCACCUCUCUCUCGCUUCCUAUCACCGGUUUUCUCUCGCCGCGCUACGAAUCUCUUCGCCGGCUAUUGUCAGCUCAAAUCAACCGUCAUGUUCUCCUCCUCCUCCUCCUCCGCCGCGAACCGAACCGGACCGUUGACAUCUCCCGUCAGAGCUGAAGUAAAGCGCGUCUCGCGGAAGGACGAUCAAGUAGCUUCUGCUUCUGAUCUUCAAUUCGAGACGCCGUUGAAGAUCGUCGAGUAUCCGGAUCCUAUCUUACGCGCUAAGUGCAAGAGGAUUGGUGUUUUCGACGAGAAUCUGAAGAACUUGGCCGAUAAUAUGUUCGAUGUUAUGUACAAAACGGAUGGCAUCGGGCUCUCAGCACCACAAGUGGGGCUCAAUGUUCAGCUCAUGGUGUUUAAUCCAGCUGGGGAGUCUGGUGAAGGAGAAGAGAUUGUUCUUGUGAAUCCGAAAAUCAAUAAAUAUUCUGAUAAAUUAGUACCGUUUAACGAAGGAUGCUUAUCCUUCCCUGGGAUCUAUGCUGAUGUUAUUCGACCACAAUCUGUCAAGAUUGACGCAAGGGACAUUACUGGUGCUAGAUUUUCAAUCAGUCUAUCACGUUUACCUGCACGAGUGUUCCAGCAUGAAUACGACCACCUUGAGGGAGUUCUGUUCUUCGACAGAAUGACGGAUGACGUUCUUGACACCAUUCGUGAAGAGUUAGAGGCCUUGGAAAAGAAGUACGAAGAAAAAACUGGAUUGCCAAGCCCUGAAAAAGUACAAGCACGACAAAAAAAGAAAGCAGGAGUUGGUUUUGGCAAACGUCGAUGAGACAUUCUCGCUCAAUUCUCAUUUCAUCUUCGAACAGGAUAUGGGAUAUAACAAUGGUAUGUGAAUCAGACGAUGACAAGAAACACGUUUGCAUUUCUCAAUCCAGAGGAGCACAUCACAUUGUGUGAUGCAAAUCUCCCAAACUGGAUGUACGGUUGUAACAGAUAUCAUUUAUUCCAGAAUCUUUUUUGCCAGAGUAAUAUAUUAUUCAAGAUCGUCUGUUUAUGCUGUUGUAUAAUGCUAGCGUUUUAGCUUGAGCUUGUGAACUGCGUAUAAAAUGUUCUUUGCCACUAA